AUGGGGCUCUGGCUGCUGGUGCUGCUGGUGCUUCAGGCAGUUUGGAAAGGCGCACUGGGGAAAACCCAUUCUUUGCAUACAAGAGGACUCAUUGAAUUAGCAGGAGCCAUAUCCUGUGGUACAGGACGCAAUGCUUUGGCAUAUCUAGGUUAUGGAUGCUACUGUGGUCUGGGAGGACGAGGUUGGCCUAAAGAUAAAGUAGACUGGUGUUGCCACAAGCAUGACUGCUGCUAUGACAAGGCAGAGCGGGAAGGCUGUAGCCCCAAGAUGCUGAGAUAUGAAUGGACUUGUGAACGCAAUGCUGUGGUGUGCGAUACACUGACAGAUAGAUGCCAAAAAAUGGUGUGCCAAUGUGACCAAGAAGCAGCCAAGUGUUGGGGCACGGCCUCUUAUAACCCACACUACGUCCUCUGGCCAGAUUUCUUAUGUGGACAGACUACUCCCAUGUGUAAUUUUAGUUAGAUAUUGGGGGGCAAAACUAAUCUUCCAGGGACAUUUUUCUAAUU